AUGAGGUCGACUUCUUUCGUUGCUGCGGCUACGCUUCUUGCUGGGCUUGUCCGGGGACAAGGUUCGGUUGAGGACUGGCAUCCUCCUACCAAGGGCGAUGUACGAGGGCCAUGUCCUAUGCUCAACUCGCUGGCCAACCACGGAUUCCUGCCCCACUCUGGCAAAGGCAUCAAGUUGAAUGAUACCAUUCAUGCCCUUGGAGAAGCCUUGAAUAUCGGCCAAGACAUCGCUAUCGAUUUGUUUGGCUUCGCAGCCAUGACGAACCCAGAGCCUAAUGCAACUGAGUUUUCUUUGGAGAACUUGGGUCGACACAAUGUGUUGGAGCACGAUGCUAGUCUGAGCCGCGCAGAUUUUGACGUGACCGGCGACUCGGUCUCUUUCAACCGUGACGCAUAUGACGAGACGCGCAAAUUCUGGACCUCCGAAUCCAUCACUGUCAAACAGGCCGCCGCCGCCCGCCUUGCGCGCUACAACACGUCUCAGACCACAAACCCAAAGUACACCAUGAGCCCGCUCGGCGACCGCUUCAGCGCCGGCGAAUCCGCCGCGUACCUUCUCGUCCUGGGCGACAUCUCUACAGCAACUGCACCUCGGAAAUUCGUUGAGUACCUGUUCUUGAACGAGAGGCUGCCAGCGGCGGAGGGGUGGAAGAAGCCAAGCCAUGUGUUCACGCCGACGGAUCUGGCGACGGGUAUUGAUCUCAUCUACAACGCAACUGGGGCCUCUGCGGAAGAUCUGAAGAAGAUGAGGGCAAGGAGUAAGAGCGAGCUUCAUGGGGGGAGCUGGAGGGACUAGCGGGGGUACAGGGUAGUCAUAGUCGGCAAUGCGAUGUUGACGAUGUGAAAGCUAUUUGAUCGUGUGCGGUUGGUGUGAUGUGUCAUCAUAGAACGUCUUGUAUGUCUGCUCGAGUGGCAGUCUCGUUGGAUGCAAUGAUCUUGUCUUGCGUCGCAAAAAUGACCAUUAUUCCGUAAAAGCUGGCCAUUCCGUAAUGAGUCCGCUGUGAUGGAAUGGUUCAGUUCUCAUGGGAUAUCUCCGCUUUUGCUUAGUGGAUUAUCCGCUGCGUCUGGCGUACGGAAGGUGUGCGCUAGCCCACGUGGGCAGCUCCACCCAUUUAAACAAUUUCUAUUCUCCAAUCCCUCUACUUUGUCAUUUCGGCUACGAGAUGACGUCUUGACUGUUGGCUUCGUGAUCAUU